AUGGCUAGUUUGAUGGCACAAGAGUUCAGAGUUUCACUUGGACCAACGGUAUUAGGCCUCAUUUACCAUCCUCUCGAUACAUUUGCUACUCAUCAUAAAGGACCUCGGCUAGCGAAUGCGCAUCUUCCCAUUCAUUACGUGGUCGGAUGGCUAGGUGAGCAUUUUCUUGAUUUGACUACUCGUCGAUGUGAUAGCGACUUUCCAUAA